AUGGCCUCCUCCACGAUCCGCUCCAUCAAGUCCGUCGUGCCGCUGCUGGACCGUGUGCUGGUGCAGCGCUUCAAGCCCGAGGCAAAGACGGCCUCGGGCCUCUUUCUGCCCUCGGCCGCGACGCAGACGCCGCUGCCCGAGGCCAGCGUCAUUGCCGUGGGCCCGGGCGCACGCGACGACAGCGGCAAGAUCAUCCCCAUGAACGUCAAGGCCGGCGACAAGAUCCUCCUGCCCGGCUGGGGCGGCAACAGCAUCAAGGUCGGCGAGGAGGAAUACCUGCUCAUCAAGGACUCGGAGAUCCUCGCCCUCCUCAACGAGUAG